GCCUGCAGCCCCUCGGAGGCCGGCUGCCCACCUGCCCCGGCCCCACCCUCCGGCCGUGGCCCGGCGGGAGGCAUUACGAUUUUAGCUGGGCCGUUUCCGGGAGGCGGAGCUCAGACCCCCAUUUCCUUUCUCUACGGCUAGGUUGCACUUGGGGGCGGCGACGCUCUCGGGCCCGGAGAUCGCCUGCGACCGGUGCCCAGGCUGCACCGAGGCUUCUGUGAACGUCCUGCGCUCCCGCGGGCUCCGCGCUUCCACCCGACAGCAGCAUGGGCGGCGCCCGGGACGUGGGCUGGGUGGCAGCGGGCCUGGUUCUGGGGGUCGGUGCCUGCUACUACAUCUACCGGCUGACGCGGGGCCAGCGGCGGGGCGCCCCCCGCGGGCCCCGGCUGCGCCCCUCUCCAUCCAUAGAAGACCUAACAGAUUGUUCCUGUGAUGAUGUUCUGAAUGCGGAACAACUUAAGAAACUCCUUUACCUGCUUGAGUCCACCGAGGAUCCCGGAAUUCUUGAAGGAGCUUUGGUCACUCUGGGUAACAGCGCAGCCUUCUCCACUAACCAAGCCAUCAUUCGUGAACUGGGUGGCAUUCCGAUUGUUGGGAGCAUGAUCGCCAGUCCCAAUGACAGUAUUAAGGAGAAAGCCUUAAAUGCACUGAAUAACCUGAGUGUGAACGUUGAAAAUCAAGAGAUAAUAAAGGUGUACAUUGAUCAAGUCUGUGAGGAUGUCUUCUCGGGUCCCCUGAACUCUGCUGUGCAGAUGGCCGGACUGAGAUUGCUGACCAACAUGACCGUUACCAAUGACCACCAGCAUAUGUUUAAAAGUUACAUUACGGACAUCUUCCACGUGCUACUGGCUGGAAAUGGAAUUACCAAGGUUCAGGUUCUGAAACUGCUUUUGAAUUUGUCUGAAAACCCAGCUAUGGCAGAAGGACUAUUUGGUGCCCAAGUGGAUGCGUCAUUCCUGUCCCUCUGUGACAGCCAUGUAGCAAAGGAGGUUCUGCUUCGAGUCCUUACCCUGUUCCAGAAUUUAAACAACUGCGUCAAAACGGAUGGUAGCUUAGUUCUGAGGUCUACAUUCAUGUUUCAUAAAGGUUCAUUGUUUUUCCUGUUAUAUGGACAAGAAUGUGCCCAGAAAAUGAAAGCUUUAGUUAAUCACCCUGAUGCAGAUGUGAAGGAAAAAGUUCUCAUAAUCACGUAAUUCUCAUUGGCCAUAUUUCCAGAGAGCAAUGCAGUCUGGAAAUAAUCCACAUUAUAAAUCUACUUUCCACCUUCCGUAUAAAGCAAAAGGGAGUUCUUUCAGCUGUUGAAUUGUAAACAGUAAAUAUCAUGUUUCCUCAUUAACACAGCUACAACUUGCCAUGGUCUCCAAGUUUGUUUUGGAUUAUUUUAUUGAGAUACCAAAUGAAUACUAGCGCUUCUACUGAAAACAUUUCUUUGAUUUUGUCUAGAUUGAGAUGCUUUAGUUAUUUCCUCUGUAUGAAGUGACUUUUUUAUGCCUCCGUUGCCGUCUACCGUUUGCAGUGAUUUGCGGUUAAGAGGGUGACCCUGUGUUAGCAGAACUGCAGCGUAUGUUCAAGGCUGUGACCUUCCGGAAGCAGAUCUUCUUCCCCCAACACCCCCCCCCCAGCCCCCUUCAAGCUGUCUUCCGAGGCACCUCCGGAUGGGGUUCAACUGCCAGCCUUUGGGGCUUAUUGUCAAGCACCUGACCAUUGGGGCCACCCAGGGACAUUCAUUCAUAUGUCAUUCAUUGAGUGUUUGAGAACGGCAUGAGAAUCACACCGUCCUUAGUGAUGAGAUCCUGAGUCCUCGAGUCUACUGCCGACCCCGUCACCCUGCUUUCACAAACCCGCUCCAAUCAUGUGCUUCUAGUUGAUGAAAACAUGUAAACUUAGGAGAAAGUGUGUCCUAGUACUUGCCCACUCCCACUCAACGUGCCAGUAUGUAAAAAUGCUACUAAUAAAAAUACUGGGAUUGAUCAAAUUGUCCAUCCCUCAGCAAUUGGGUAAAUCUGUUGUUCUGUCUUUAAAGGGAACAGAGUGGCUGUGAGUGUGCUGAUGUCAAAAGGCAUACAUGAGAUAAGGUGGUUUUCUGAAACACUCUGGCAGAAGAUGUACGUGAUCCCAUUUGUGGUUUUGUAAGGGAAAGAUAUUUAUGUUUAUAUAUACACAGAACACGUCCACAGUGAUACGCCAACUCUCGGGAUUGGGGAAAUGAUUUGUCUAUAUAUUCUCUUCUACUGUUUUUUACUCUGAGCAUAAAUUUUAUAAUGUUUUUUUUUAAUAAAGAGGAAAAUCAUGAGGUUAUGUAUAUUUUCUUCCCUUAAUUGAUAGUACUUUUUUCAUUUCCAUCCUUAUUCUACUUGACUAAAAUAAGAUUGGAAAAGAUUUCAGCAUUUAAUUUUCUUAACCUUUUUAUUUCAUGAAGUAUCAUUACAAUUUAUUGUUAUAUUUGCAUUCAGCCAGGAUAUCUAAAAGUGUAAAGGUUAUAACCCUCAGCAUGCUUAGCAAUAAGUCAAUGUGCAAGCACAAACUGCAACUCAGUGUACUUUAAGGCAGAGCCCCGGUGCUUUGAAUCUCCUCUGUGAAUACAUGGGUACAACUGUUUCCAUAGGUCACAAAUCCUUCAACAGAAAAAAACGUGUGUUCUCAGGCUUAGCCUGAUACAGAAAUUAUCCUUUGGGGGAAUAUUCAUUCAUACAGUAUAAGAAAAGGCCCACUAUAAGGUGUAAAUGAAAAUUCCCAAGGGACUGGCAUUGGAAAGGAUACAUGACGGCUGAGAGUGAUGUCGUUGUAUAUUGGUGGUGAAGAUAAGUAUUCACUCCCUGAAAAGGCACAUUUCUUUAUAACGAUUUUUCUUCAUCUGCCUCCUUACUUAAUGAAGAUAUGUAUUCAACAUGUGCACAUAUUAAAAACCUGUAUUGAGCUUCUAUGUGUUUGAGCAGCA